GAUUACUGCUGAGCUCCGAGAAGAGAAAGAGAAUUGCGUACAACAUCUCACCUUUGCCUUAUUCUCGUUUUUAGAUCUUUUUACUUGCACUACACCUAUACAUCAUAAUAGAAACUAAGAAAAAAUGGCACGAGAAGACGGCACGGACGACAUCCCCCGGGAGAGAAACGAACCUCGUCCCGACUUCAGUCAACCCGUACCUCGGAAGAAGCUGCCCAAGUCGCUACAGAAAAUAAUAGACAAUGAGGACAAACAGAUUGGGCACAUUUACGAGGGAACUGCUGCAGAAUCCACUGAUAGCAACAUCCGUUACGCAGCAUACGCCACAAGGAUUCGAACAAUCCUCUUAAGCGCACACCGCUAUGUCGCAUACACGUCAGAUAUCGGAGAGAGCUUCCGACCUGUCGCUCACCCGUAUCUCGUCAAAGGCGCAUACGGCAUCUCCUGGGCGUAUCUUGCCGGCGAUGUCGCCCAUGAAGGAUACAAAGCUUACCUCCGCAACCAGCGCGCUCUACACCCCGAAACGCCUGAUGAGGGUCCGCUCUCGGACCAAAAACAGAAUGUCGAAGGUAUCACGACAUCGCUCGGCCCUGGACUUACGGAUAUCACUCUAGGAGCCCAGGGCCCUACCAAGAUCCCGUGGAUCGAUGACUAUCGGACCGUCAUGGCCCAGCGGGCCAUUUUCCAGAGCGUUGCUAGUAUGGGGUUGCCGGCGUUUACCAUUCACAGCGUGGUGAGGUACUCGGGCCGAGCGCUGAAGAAUGCGAAGAAUACGAAAAUCAGGACGUACGGGCCUAUUGGCCUUGGUUUGGCUGUUGUCCCCUUCCUACCGUUCAUUUUCGACAAGCCGGUCGAAGAGGCUGUCGAAUGGACAUUCCACAAGGCAUUCUCUAUGUAUAGCGGCGAAGAAGCAGUCAAUGCAAGGGCCGAGGCGGACCGGACGAAGCUGUUAAUUCAAGAAGGAAAGCAAGGCGUGAGUAAAGAGAAGGAGUUGUAGAGCACUUUAGAAGCGACACAUAGAAGAAGCGAUGUGAUAGAUAACCCGGCGAGGUGUAAUUAUGUGGGGUUCGAUUUUGUGUUUCAACGAUAAAGCGACUUCGGCUUUGCUAAUCUCUUUCUUGUCUGUAAAGCCUGUAAUAAUUACUCUCCUCUGUCUAUAAAAUGUACGAUGACAUUCCUCUC